AACACGCCGUCCUCGCGCCGGAGCACGCAGUACCGCGCAGACAUGGCCAGCUCAACCUUCUCCCUGCUCGUCGCAGCUGUGCUGUUGGUGGCGGUGGCGGAGGUGUGCCUCGCGCAGCUGUGCUCGCACUGCGAGUGCCUGCCGGAGCCGUCCAGCCGGCAGCUGUGCGCCCGCCAGGAGAGGACCGGCAAGUUCCGCGGCUUCCGGUCGCGCUGUGAACUCGACUGCUCCAACCGCUGCCGCAAGGACAAAUACGUGUUUGUGGCGAAUGGACGCUGCGGCAAGUACCUGGCUACGAGCACACCACCGACCGACGGUGGCGGCUCCAAGCGGCCGGCCCGUGGACCAGUGGAGGGGAGCGUGUUCGGCCCGCUGCUGCAGCUGCUGAUGCAGGCGGCGCCCAGCUCGUAACCCAAGCCGGCGGCCCGCCAGCAGAUACCGACCGUACCUGUCCGUCGAGGAGACCACCUUCGCCUAAAUACUUGUGCCAGCUAGGGAAUUAAGAACAUUACUUCCAGUUACAUUAGUGGUUCCUGUAAUCGAAGGCUAUAUACAGCACCCUGCAUGGGACGCUUGCAUUUUACAAAACAAAUAAACUGUAUCACCAAAUGCAUAUCAUCUGAAUCUCUGUGAUAAAUUGUUUACUGUGUACUAGUCAUAAAACUAAAUAAAUGGAGAUGCCCCACGUCUACGUGUUUCCAGAAUAAUUAGUCAGAAAUGGGUAAAUCCAGAAGUUGAUUUCAGCACGGGUGAAUUAUCCCAAGUCUGCUUAGUGUGUAUCUUCUUCAACAUCUGUAUGUCAACCAGAUGCUGAUAAAGUCUUCUUUUAUGACAAACUCUGAUUAUCCUAUGUCUCUUUUUCUUUGUUUACACAUUUCAGUCCCCACACCUCCACUGUGGAGGCGACUGGGAAGCUGUCGAUUAUGUCAAGAAAAUGCCGGCAACGCCGCAGUGUACCGAAGCAAGUCCCUGCUCAGAAUAUCUGAAAUAGUGUUUCCGUUUGUCAUGCAACCAAACAAAACUUGCGGGAACCUUGGUCAGAUCCACAGCGUUUAAGUUGCUUCUAGGACAAUAAUGUGCCAGAUGAAAAUAUUGUAUGUUGGUGCAGCAGGCGAAAAACAAUCUAUUUAUGUGUCUGUAAAAGAAUGUCAAAAAGUUCAUUGAUACGAAAGUAUCUGUACCAGCGUCACUACUGAGUUAUUAUAAAGUAUGACGUUCCUGAGGAGGCUGUGAUGCAUUACUUUACCAUCAGAUUUCGAUGAUGAUUAUUAGUAGAGCUUGUAAGCUACAUUAUAGAAAUCACAGAUUGUGUUAAGAUUGUGGCAGUAUGUUAUUGUUCAACAAUGUUGUAUAUUUUAAUAAAGAGACGAAAACCUUAAA